GUUUCUGUCAAAACAAUCUGCUCCAUACGGUGGAUUUGUUAAUAAACAAUAAUAAUAAAAGCCGUCAUUAAAGUUAAAAGCGUUUGAAAAGUUUGCAAUUUUUGUGCGAAUUUUACAAUUAUUAAGUUAUAAAGUUCGAUUUUUUAAAUAUGUAACAAUUUUACAUCGAAUUUACGUAUCACAUGUUGAAAGUAUGAUUUUGAAGUUGUUUUGUGUUUUAAAUUUGAUUAUUCCGGUUUUGGGUUUCAAUGUUUGCGAUGAUAAGCAGAACUUUUGCGCAAAUCAGGUUGAUAAAAAUAAUGAAGAAUGCAAUUUAAAAACGUCCGUUUUGCGUUACAAUGAAUGCCCAUCUAUUAAUUUUGCCACCGCAAAAAUUAAACACUGCAUGGGUGGCAUACACUUAAAUCUGCUCAAAAAUGGGACAUUUGAUGUGGACAUACAUUUUAAGGAUGUCAACUGGAACAAAUGUUAUUUGAAGUUAUCAGACCAUCAUGAUCACUCCAAAUAUUUUUGCAAAAUGUAUUCUAUUCCUUCAAAUGUUGAGAAGCCAUUAAAAAAUGAGGUGCAUGAUAGUUGCUUUUGGAGGGGUGCAAAUUUGGAUUCCGAUGCUUAUACAUUGGAGUAUAAGGCUGAAAGUAAACAGGAUAUAGUCAAGAAGAAAUACGUUUUUAGUAUUCCGCCGUUAAAACAUUUUGGCCCACACGUCCCCAUAGAAAACACCUCGAUAUUCUCAUACGUAGACGCGUCGGAAAACAACGCGUUGAUUCUCACAUUUCAACAUCUUCCACAAUCGUACAACGUCGCACAAUACAAAGUGGAAGUUUAUCGGGAACGCGGCAACGAACGGGAAAUGGUCGACAUAAGGUUGUUUAAAGGGACAGAAGACGAGGACACGUCCUAUCACUACUCCACGUAUAACGAGGAGGGUCUCUAUCAGUUCGUGCUGAGCGUUAUAAGCGAUAAAUGUCUGGAAGGGUCUUGUUUCAAGACUUACACGCCAAAAGUUGUUGUUGUAAGAAAGGGCACCCCAAUCGUGAUUGGAAUUGUUGGAGCUAGCUUUAUAAUACCGUUUGUUUUGUUUAUCUUCCAUUUUUUCAAUAGAAAAUACAAAAACAAUGACGACCUACUCCUGGGAACGGAAAAAAUAGUGUUCAUCUUCAAACCGUCCUCGGAUUUGCACUGCGCCGUAAUCGAGGCGCUAGCCAAAAUCCUGCAGGAGCUGACCGGGCGCGAAGUAAUCCUCGAAGCGUUCAAGAACACGCACGAGAACGAAAAAAUAUGCAGCGACGUCGUUUUGUACGCCUCGCACAUCGUUUACGUGCCCCCGCCGUCGUACGACACCCCCAACUGCGAGAUGGACUUCAUGACGCACGAGUUCAUCAAAGACGAACUGAGAAGACCGCAGACCGAUAAGGUCGUCGCGGUGGCAAGCAUGGUUUACUCCACCAGGGAGAUCCCCGAGAUUCUGCGCGGUUGCCAGGCGUACAGUCUUCCGGAGGAGAUGGAGGCCUUUUUGAGUUUGUUCGACAAAGACAAAAAAAUCAUGCGGCAAAGCGAAAUAUACGAGGAGUUCUGCAAGAAGAUGGAAAUCGCUAGGAACGAGACGGAAAUAAAGAACAGCUUGAACAUGCCAAGGAUUAUUGUCACCGAACAGUCAGAUUAUUCUGAUAAUGAGAAUGAUGGCUUGCUUUAAAUAAACAUAUUUGAUGUAAUUUACAUCUUGUUAACGUUAAAUUUGGUGUUUGUAUUAUUAUUUGCUUAAAAAUAACAAAGUCUGAAGUUUUCUGACAUAUCAAAUAUCGCUAGAAUACGUGAAUUUGUUUAUCAUUUAAAAUAUUCAGUGUUAAAAAAUCAUUCCAUUAUAUUUUAUUGUUAAUUUAUUAUGUACAAAUUUUCGAGUCUGACUAUUUUGCUAUAAUUAUUUUUUUUAAUUGUUAAUAAUUAUCAAAAAUCUGUUAAUUAAAAGACUGAAUGACUGACAAUGUCUUAUUUUGAAUAUUUACCCGUUUUUUCGUAAUCUUUAUUUUUUAUAUAAAUGUGUAGAAUAGAAAUAAAAAUCUAUAAAUAA